AUGCCUUCACCCGCGCUGUUCGUCUGGGCUCUGCUCCCAUUUACACGGGCUCUGCAGAUCAACAGCCCGGGUCAUGCAGCGACGGGCUCCGACGUGACGGUGACCUGGAGCCAUGUUGACACCGACCCUGCCAAGUUCGACUUGAACCUUUGGAACGGCGCCGCGCAGAGUCCUGCCGUCAACAGGCUUCUUGCUUCUGGUGUUCCUGUCGCUGCUGAUGCCGUGCGCGUGUCGAUUCCCUGCGGUAUUCCUUCCAGCGGCGCGUACCAGCUGCUUGCCGUCAACGGCGCGAAUUCGUCAGACGUCUACGCGCGGAGUGGGCAGUUCUCUAUUGCGGUUGUUAGUUGCACGACGUCGGCGACAAGUACGGCAAGGACGACAAGGACAAGUUUUCGUGGUGUACAGACAGACGCAACAACUGGCAUCUAG